AUGGCAUCAACAACGUCCUCGCCUCCAACGUACAAAGUCGACUCCUUUCAUCCCGCCGUCCUCUCUCACUUGGAACGUAUCUAUGAAUCACUGAAGUCACAGGGACAGGCUCGUACUGCUCCAGAUGGCGGGAAUACUACUCCAUCAGCUCAUUUCCUGCAGGUCAUCCAGCAAGACCGGCACUGCAAGGACAGUGAAACUCCCGGUCACCAGCAGGAUGGUGUACUCAACAGCCUCUCUAGCUUCCUUACAUACAUGUCGACUGCGACGGCGAUACCGCAGUUUUCAGACACCGCGGCGUAUGAAGAAGACCUGUCGUUCCCCAUGCCCAAUUACUUCAUUAACUCAAGCCACAACACCUACUUGACUGGCAACCAGCUGUACAGCGAGGCCAGCACGGAGGUGUAUAAGAAUGUUCUACUCGAUGGCUGUAGAUGCCUCGAAAUUGAUGUUUGGGAUGGCGAAUUGGAUUCCUCCAGCUCUGAAUCUGAGGAUAGCUCAGCUGGUAGCCAUAAGGAAAAAAAUAAAAAGAGCCACGAAAGGCUUCGAAAGGAGAGCAGCACCGGACGAUUCAGUCUAUCAUCGCUCUCAGACCGUCUUGAUAAACUCAGUGCCAAAAACGCACCUGACCCGACCCCAGCUAAGGUCCCAUCUUCAAAUUCCAUACGCCCUGAGCCCCGGGUGUUCCAUGGACAUACGUUAACUAAAGAAGUUACCUUCCGCGACGUAUGUUACACCAUCCGUGAUAAUGCGUUUGUGACUAGCGACCUACCGGUGAUCGUCAGCCUUGAGGUGCACACUUCUCAUGAGCAACAGGAGGUGAUGGUCGAAAUUAUGACAGAGGCGUGGAAAGGCCUACUUGUGGAAUUUACGCCAGAGAUGGAGGUUCAGCUUGGCAAGGGGGACCUCCACCAUCUGUCCAGCCCAGGCUCUCUCAAGAACAAAAUCCUUAUCAAGGUGAAAUGGGUAUCUCCCAAUAAAGAAGAUACCCCGCCCACCGAAGGCUGCAUUGAGGUUGUCGGCCUCAGGGCCGUUGGGAGUGCAGACGAUGGAACUCAGAAUAAGGUAAUAGCUGGACAGUCGUCAACCAAAACAAAGCCUCAAAAGAUUAUUCAAUCCCUUAGCCGACUCGGGAUAUUCACGCGCGGUUAUACUUUUAACGACUUUUCGCAACCUGAGGCAAAACUACCACACCACAUAUUUUCGCUCUCAGAGGCUGCGGUGAAAGGCGCCCAUGAGAAAGAACGUCGAGCAUUAUUCGACCACAACAAAGACUUCAUGAUGCGUACCUAUCCAUCUGGGAUGCGAGUAGAUUCCUCAAACUUAGACCCAUCUUUUGCCUGGCGUCAAGGAAUUCAGGUGGUCGCUCUAAACUGGCAGCGGUGCGACAAAGGAAUGAUGCUUAACAAAGGGAUGUUCGCAGGAAGUGGGGGAUGGGCACUCAAACCCCCAGAAUAUCGCGGAUCGACUGGACGCAGCAGCUCGAUCGAUUCAUCGUCGCAAGAGCCGGUGACCUCCGUCGUCAAUGAAGGUAAUAGCAAGGGCGUGCAGGCAAGUAUGAAGUUCCGACGCACAGUGAAUUUGUCUAUUGAAAUAUAUGCAGGACAGAACAUAAUGGCUGGGGAUGGGAAGUCGAACCCCAAAAGUUUCCACCCAUAUGUAGCCUGUCAUUUGCAUGUUGAGCGACCGAAGGACAGCAUCCAUGCUACCGGCAAGGAUUAUGACAGCAGCGACCCCAAAUACAAAUGUCGAACUAAAACCUGCAGUGGCGCCGAUCCGGACUUUGGAGGCCAAGUCCUCCAAUUCCCAAGCGCUCCUGGCAUCCUUGAGGAGCUCUCUUUCGUCAGGUUAGUGAAAUUUCAACCAAUCAUCCCUUCCACCACCCGAAUCGCAUACAAAACCAGCGCCGCAUCACUUUGA